GAGUUGAAGAUGUGUUAAUGGUGUGAAUGUGUGCAAACCAAAGCCACAUGCCAUAUAGCAUGGGAUUCAACGCUGGUUUUUGGCAGUAAUUCAAACAAACAAAUUCAUAAUGAUCAUGAAUCCAUUGACUUAUUGAUGAUAAUUGCCUGAAGGAUUGGAUCCACGAUGAGACCAAUUAAGAAAUAUGAAAGUCAACACUUCUCUUCCUAUCAAAAAAAAAAAGAAAGUCAACAUUUCUCUUCCAAUAUAAAAACCAUAUCAAACUUCAACACAUUAUACAACACACUUUCUUCACACACAGAAAAACUCAUUACACAAAGUAACAAUGGCCAAAAACUGCUUCGACCUCAAAACAAUGACAUAUUCUUCACCCAGACAAUCCAUCCACCUUCCAACUGACCCCAACCUCUCCCUAACCUCCUUCCUCUUCCAAUCCACUUCUUCCCUCGCCGAUACCAUCGCCAUUGCCGACGCUCACACCGGUGACUCCCUAACCUUCCGCCAACUCAAAAUCGAAGUCUACGCCCUCUCUCAAUCCUUGCUCCGCAUCGGAAUUCGACAAGGCGAUAUCAUUUUGCUAUUCGCACCUAACUCAACACGCUUCUCCGUUUGUUUUCUCGCUAUAGCUGCUAUAGGUGCUAUUGUCACCACCUGUAGUCCUUUGUAUACCGUCUCCGAACUCUCCAAGCAAAUUCAAGACUCCAAACCCAAACUCGUUGUAACCGUAUCCGAGCUAUUCGACAAAAUAGAAGAAUUGAAUAUCGAUUUACCUUUCAUAUUGCUCAACGAUUCUUUGAACAAGUUCGGUUCUAGGUUUUUGAACUAUGAUGAUCUGAUCGGAGAUUUUUACAAUAGCUCCGACGAGAUUCCGGCGAACUGUGUUGUUUCGCAAUCCGAUGUGGCGGUGAUUCUGUACUCUUCAGGUACCACGGGGAGAAGUAAGGGAGUGAUGUUGACUCAUCGGAACUUCAUAGCGACGGCGGUGGCGGGAGUGGCGGAUCAAGACCGUUACGGUGAGGGGAAGAACGUGUUCCUGUGUUUUGUGCCGAUGUAUCACGUGAUGGGAUUGGCGGUUAUAACUUACACACAGUUGAGGAGAGGGAACACGGUGGUAACGAUGGCGAGAUUUGAUCUGGAGAAGACUUUAGCGGCGGUGGAGAAGUUUAGAGUGACGUAUUUGUAUGUUGCUCCACCGGUGAUGGUGGAGAUGAUCAAGCGGCGUGACAUUUUGAGCGGUUAUGACUUGUCGUCGCUGAAGCAACUUGCCGGCGGUGCUGCUCCGUUGGGGAAAGAUGUGAUGCAAGAGUGUGCUAAGAUUCUUCCGCAAGUUGAAAUCAUUCAGGGGUAUGGCAUGACUGAAGCAUGUGGACUUAUUUCCUUUGAAAAUCCAAAGGAACGGGAUGGAAACUUUAUUUCAGGUUCAACUGGAACAUUAGUUCCAAGUAUAGAAUCCCGAAUUGUUAGUUUGGAAACAUUGAAUCCCCUCCCACCCAAUCAAACAGGGGAAAUCUGGCUACGAGGACCUACUAUGAUGAAAGGAUACUUUAACAAUCCAGAAGCAACAAAAUAUACCAUUAAUGAUGAGGGUUGGAUGAUUACAGGCGAUCUUGGUUAUUUUGAUGAAAAUGGACAGUUAUUUGUUGUGGAUCGAAUUAAAGAGCUCAUCAAGUGUAACGGGUAUCAAGUGGCACCAGCUGAACUUGAAGAUUUACUAAAAUCUCACCCUGAAAUUUCUGAUGCUGGGGUGAUCCCAUCCCCUGAUGCCAAAGCUGGUGAGGUUCCGGUGGCUUAUGUUGUUCGCUCGCCCAAUAGCUCGAUAACCGAAGUAGACAUUCAAAAAUUUGUAGCAAAACAAGUUGCACCAUACAAAAGAUUGCGGCGAGUGAAUUUUGUAGACAAGAUUCCAAAGUUACCCACAGGAAAGAUCUUAAGAAAGGAUCUCGUAACUCUUGAUCAACAAAUAACAUCAAAGUUAUAGUAUGUUAUUGUAAUGUCUUGGGAUUUCUAUUGUGAAGAUUUUGUAUAUCUAUCGUCAUUGCAUAACAUGUAUCAAUGAUAAUUAAGAUAUUGUACGGUAACCAAUUAUUGCUAUGUUUUCUGGUUAUAAAUAAAAUAAAAUAAAUGGAAGAUACACUCUUUUAC